CUGCUCUGCGUCUUCGGGGCGCCGCGAGCCGGAUCAGGAGCCCACACAGCUGUGAUCAGCCCCCAGGAUCCCACACUCCUCAUCGGCUCUUCCUUAAAGGCCACAUGCUCAGUGCUCGGGGACCCACCAGGGGCGACCGCCGAGGGUCUUUACUGGACUCUCAACGGGCGCCGCCUGGCCCCUGAGCUCUCCCGUGUGCUCAAUGCCUCCACCCUAGCCCUCGCCCUCGUCAACCUCAAUGGAUCCAGGCAGCAGUCAGGGGACAACCUUGUGUGCCAUGCCCGUGACGGUAGCAUCUUGGCUGGCUCCUGUCUCUAUGUUGGCUUGCCCCCUGAGAAACCCUUUAACAUCAGCUGUUGGUCCAAGAACAUGAAGGACUUGACCUGCCGCUGGUCACCUGGGGCCCACGGGGAGACCUUCCUUCACACCAACUACUCCCUCAAGUACAAGCUGAGGUGGUAUGGGCAGGACAACACAUGUGAGGAGUACCACACAGUGGGGCCUCACUCCUGCCACAUCCCCAAGGACCUGGCCCUCUUUACACCCUAUGAGAUCUGGGUGGAGGCCACUAACCGCCUGGGCUCAGCGCGCUCUGAUGUGCUUACACUGGACAUUUUGGAUGUGGUGACCACGGACCCCCCUCCUGAUGUGCACGUGAGCCGCGUCGGGGGCCUGGAGGACCAGCUGAGUGUUCGCUGGGUCUCGCCACCCGCCCUCAAGGAUUUCCUCUUUCAAGCCAAGUACCAGAUCCGCUAUCGUGUGGAGGACAGUGUGGACUGGAAGGUGGUAGACGAUGUGAGCAACCAGACCUCCUGCCGCCUGGCUGGUCUGAAACCAGGUACUGUCUACUUUGUGCAAGUGCGCUGCAACCCCUUCGGCAUCUAUGGCUCCAAGAAAGCUGGAAUCUGGAGUGAGUGGAGCCACCCAACGGCUGCAUCCACCCCCCGUAGUGAGCGCCCGGGCCCGGGCGGCGGGGCGUGCGAGCCGCGGGGCGGCGAACCGAGCUCGGGGCCGGUGCGGCGCGAGCUCAAGCAGUUCCUGGGCUGGCUCAAGAAGCACGCAUACUGCUCGAACCUCAGCUUCCGUCUCUAUGACCAGUGGCGAGCCUGGAUGCAGAAGUCGCACAAGACCCGCAACCAGGACGAGGGGAUCCUGCCCUCGGGCAGACGGAGCACGGCGAGAGGUCCUGCCAGAUAAGCUUUAGGCCACCUUCCCUGCCACGUGGAUGGAACCCAAACUGGGGCUCUGUACCCUCACUCCAGGGGUGCCUGAGCACCCUCAGCAGGAGCUGGGGCAUAACAGCUCUGAGCCCCACGUGAGGCCACCCCUGGAUGCACCCUAGUGUGUGUGGUGGGGUGUGCGUGAGAGUUGGUUGAGCAGUCCAGAACCCUUGCUCGGGCUGGGGGUGAAAAGGAGUCAUUACUCCCCCAACCAAGGGUCCCUCUAAAAGAGUCUUUUAAAAUAAAAUGAGCUAUUUAGGUGCUCUGAUCGUGAA